AUUUCUGCAUUGAAUAGCUAUCUUUAUUUUAAACAAUGAAACAAUUCAUACGAAUUAUUUUUCUCGGACUUGUGGUUCGUCUUGGAAUUGCUGCUGAUCAAGCAUUCACUCCUGACAAAUUUGUUUGCUAUUGGAAUUCUAGUUCUUUUACACGAUCUGGCCCAGCAAAAGUAAAUGUAAUGGACUUGAAACCAGCAUUGAGUCUUUGCACUCAUUUAAUCUAUAAUUCUGCCGGAAUUAAUUCUAGAAAUUAUGAAGUAGUUUCUUUAAAACCUAAAAUUGAAACAGACUCUAGUCGAGGUCUGUAUAGAGAUAUUGUUGAUUUGAAAAAAUGUUUCCCUACUCUAAAAGUUUACUUGGGUAUUGGUGGAGGUGUUGACCCUGAUUCGAAUUAUGAAAAAUAUUUAACAGUGGUUGAAAAGUCUCAAACAAGAAAUAACUUCAUCACCUCAGUUAUUAAGUUUGUAACAGACUUUAAUUUUGAUGGUGUUGAUCUUGCUUGGCAAUUCCCGCCUGUUGAUUCUAAAAAGUCAGAAAACUCUCUUACAUCGUCUCUUGUAAAUUAUGCUAAAAGUUGGAUAGGACGUGGUGCUUUUAAAGAUGAAAAAGUAGCAGAACAUCGAAAAGGUUUUUCUAAUUUGGUUUGGGAUCUUAACUCUCUGUUGAAACAAAAAAAUAAGGCACUGACACUCACAGUUUUGCCACAUGUCAACGUUACUGCGUAUUACGACCCAAAGAUUUUAGCACAAAGUCUUGAUGCUAUUCAUUUAAUGGCUUUUGAUAAAGCUACUCCUGACAUAAACCCUGAAACCGCUGAUUACCCGGCACCAAUUUAUAGUAGAGAUAAUUUCAAAACACAAAGUAUUCAUAAUGACGUAAGUUACUGGACCAAUCAAAAAACUCCCAACGAAAAAAUUGUUAUUGGAAUUCCAACACAUGCUCGCACAUGGAAGCUGGGUAAAUCUGAUUCACAACGUAGUAGUGGAGUUCCACCAGUCGCUGCUAAUGGUCCAGGAGAUGAAGGUGUAGUUUCAUCUAUUCCUGGCUUUUUAUCAUAUGCUGAAGUAUGCAACCGUCUGAACGAUAAAUCCAGCUCGCUAAUUAAAAUUGAUGAUUAUUUAAAUAAUAAAAAUAGCUACGGAAGCUAUGCUUACCGACCAUAUAAUCCUAAAAGUCAAGAAGAUGGUAUAUGGAUCGGAUACGAAAGUUAUGUUUCAGCAGAAAACAAAGCCCUUUUUGCAAAAAAAAAUGGACUUGGAGGUGUUGCCAUUUGGGAUUUAUCGAACGAUGAUGUGCAUGGUACUUGUGAUGGAAAUCGAUUUCCAAUCACUAGUGCUGCUAAAUUUAAACUUGCUUGAAAGAAUGCAAUUCUUCAUAUAAAAAAAUUACUUACGUUGUAAAUUUAAUGGCUAAUAAACAGAAUUAUUAAGUAAAAAUGUUA